AUGGUACUCCCUUCGAGACCGAGUGUCUUCGAUGCUCGAUACCUCCGCCGCCUGGUAGGGACUAAGGUCACUACCUUUUAUGACCUCGACCCCCUGAAACAGCCGCCUGCUGCCUCUUCCUCUGCAUCUGAUAACUCUCCAUUCACGGCCCCCCCUCCUGGCGGCUCCCCCCCAGCGGCCUCGCCCCCUCCGGCCUCGCUCGCUACUGACCCCCUCGCCCCAGCCUCGCCCACUACGGGCUCGCUUACUACGGCCUCUCCCACUACGGCCCCUACCCUUUCUUUCUCUGACUCGCCCCCUCCAGAAACUGGCCGCUCGUGGAUUAUUACGGAAAAGCUCUCGGAGAGGGCUGAUCAUCUCUCACAGGACGAGGUUGACAUGAGCGCUGGGUCUCCUCAGACAGUUGGCAAAUUUCUGUGCCACUCAGAGGAGGACCCGACGCUGGUAGCAUUCAUGCGAAUAUAUUAUCAGAUUCCUAUCACUGGGACGGAGGAUGCUGAUCUGGCUACACUAGCCCAACAAAUCCAACCUCCAGAGGUAUGUGGUGAACUUGAGGCAUAUAAGGCAUUGAUGAGUCAAUCCUGUAGCUCUGUUCCACGUUUCCUUGGUUACAGCGAAAGAAAGCAAGAGGAGCAUGAACUCGUUCCUGGUGGCUAUGUCAAAUACCUCGUAUGGGAAAAGGUGCCUGGGGAUUCUCUUACAAAGGAAUUUUUCUGGAGCUUGGAUCCCCCUGUCCGAGCGGAUAUCCGUGCCAAAUUUCGGGCUGCCUAUGAAGAGGUGCUGCGUUGCGGUGUACAACCACAGGAGUCUAGAACCUCGAAGAUAAUCUAUGAUCAGUCCACUGGCAAUGUUCGCAUUUCGGGGUUUCGAACAUCAUGGCCAAUCCUUGAUGAACUUCAAUGGUCAGACACCCGUUAUGUCGCGUACAUGCUGGCUAAGCGACCCGACGAGAGGGACUGGAGUUCUCACCCGGAGAAAUGGGAGUUAUGA